GAGAGAGAUAUGCAAAUCGGAUAUCCAAAUUCAACGGAUGGAGAGUAAUCGAUUCAGCUUGAAUUGUAAUUGAGGCAUGGGGAUGGAAGUUUGCUGCACCUUGGGCAUGAUUGAGAAACAACAAGCACUAGAGCUAAAGAAAGCUGGACUCACUGCCUAUAACCACAAUCUUGAUACUUCAAGAGAGUACUACCCAAACGUCAUCACUACUAGAAGUUAUGACGAACGCCUUGAAACUCUUGAGCAUGUUCGUGAAGCUGGAAUCAACGUUUGUUCAGGAGGAAUCAUAGGGCUUGGAGAGGUAGAGGAAGACAGAGUAGGUUUAUUACACACACUAGCAACACUUCCUUCUCACCCUGAGAGUGUUCCCAUUAAUGCUCUACUUGCAGUCAAAGGCACUCCUCUCGAAGACCAGAAGAUGAGGAAAAGAUUCAAGUUGCCGGGCUAUAACUUCUGUUGCGGGAGACCCGCGAUUGCUGAUUGUACACUCUGGUUAUUCUGUUGCUGGUGCUCUUUAGCUCAAGAAGUCCGGACCGCGAAUUCUUAUGAAAUAGUAGAGGAUAAAUUCUGCAAAAGAAGAGAAGAAAAUAGUAAGAUUGAUGAGGCUGUGGUAUCUUCAUUGCCUCGUGAAGACGGUGUGUUUGAUCCGAGUUGCUCACCUAAGAAGAUGACCACGGCGAUAGCUAGCUCGUCUCUUAGCCCGAGCAGACAGAAAUAUGAAACUUGCUUGGGAGAUAAAAGUGAUGAAGCUCUAAGUCCACCUUCUCCUCCAUUCAUACACAGAGAAGCUAGUUAGAACUUAGAACUAACAGUUAUUAAUCAAAGUUUGUUUCAAAU